GAGGUUUUUUUCCUGGACGCAGGCCGCCGCCCAGCUAUGCCUAAAAAAGGAAAAAAGUCCAAGAUACCCUUAUCGGAUGAGGAGCAGCUGAUUCUAUUUCAGCAGAAGUUGCUGGCAGAGGAGGAGGCAGCCAAGAAGAAAGAGAGACUUCUCACCCAGUUCUUGAAGGACAAGCUGGCCAAGGAAGAACACAACAGUGCUCUGAACCUUAAUAAGAUUAACACACAGUGGAGAACUGUCCUUAGGGAGGUCAAGACCAGAGAGCUUCACAAGGACAUCGAGAUCCUCAGCCAAACCUUCGAACGAGUGGUGGACUGCAAGGACAGUGUCAUCAAGUCCCUGGCUAAGGACUUGACGGAAGCUGAGGAGCAGUAUGCCCACGCUCUUCGUAGCCACUUGCACAACGUUGACCAGCUCUUAACCCUGCAGCGACGCCGUCUCAGCCUCCUGGAGGAAAAUUACAACAUGGAGCUAGAGGUCCUAACGAAAGAGUUUGAGACAGAAAGGAAGACAAUCAUUGACCAGCACGAGAAAGAAAUUCACUACCUACAGGACGUCUUCAUGGCCAUGGAGCAGAACUAUAUAGAUUCUGAGUAUGAGAGCAAGCUGGAGUUCCAGAGCAUGUGGGACGAUCUGAAAAACAAGAAUUUAGAAGAGAAGCACUUUCUCCGCCUACAACUGGAGAACAUAGUGGAGGAUCUAUGGAGAAGAUUCCAGGAUGCACUCAAGAACUACACUGAUGCCACGGAGGACCGGAAGAUUGCCUUUGAGACUCUGAGGGUGAAGGAUGAGAAAAGCUCCAAAGAGAUUGAAAUACAGAUGAAAAAAAUCCAGAAGCUGCAGGAGGCCAUAAAUACCCUGAAAGGGAAGAUCAUAGUCCACAGCCGUGAAAGCGAAUGGCAGAACCAGUGUGUCCGCAACGACAAGGAGCUAGUCCACGUACAGCUCCGAAAGCUGAAGGCCCAAAGGACGCAGGCUCGGGGAGUGUCCCAGGAGAACUUAGUCAAACUCACCCUGGAAAGUAACACCACCCUCAAGGAACUGAAAAAGGUGGUGGAGAAGGGUGAAAAGAUCCUUAAGCUUGCUGAAAUAUGUAGGAAAUUUGAAACAGAGGAAGAGAAAGUACUGCCUUUCUAUUCCUCAGUACUGACUCCCAGUGAGCUGGAGGAGGUGGAGAGACAGAACCCGGAAGACCUCACAGAGGAUCUGGCCAAGGUCAUGGUGGACUAUAAAGGGAUGGAGAACUUCUGGAAGAGAUACAACAAGGUGAAGCUGGAGGUGCUGAGUCUCCAGCACAGACACAUGCAGCUGUUGGACAUCAGCGGGAAGCUGAGGGAACUGCUCAAACAGUACCUGGAUGGGAUCUCAGUGAGCGAUGAGGUGCUGAGUCAGCUCAACCCACUCUUUAUAGUAAACCACAGAAGCAACCUGCCCCAGCUGUCCACCCCUGCCCAGCCAGGUGACGGAAGGCCUCCAACCACUUACAAUGUCAUCGAAGCAGCCCACAUCGUGUCCCACACUCUGUGAUCCAAGGAUGAACCUUUCCAAACCCCAGAGACUGAGUACUUUGCUUAUUACAAACUUAGGAGGCUCCUGACAGUACUCUAGUUAUUGACUACCACU